CCUCCAGCAGGUUCAAUUUGCUUUGCUGACUUCUUGCCAAUUUUUCUACAAGCUCAUUUAAUGAGCUAAGACAAAGUGUGGGCUGGAACAUGGUGCAGCGCACCCAACAAGCAAUAUAUAAGAUCUCCUCGUAGCCUUCUUCCAACGAUUUUGUAUGAAGCAUUUCAUUAUAUUCAGGUCAAGAUAUAAGAGGGAAUUAAGUUUGGUGCUGCCUAACUUUCUGCCGUGUCUCGGGGCCAAAGUUCUAGAGCAAGAACCCAAGUGGUGACCUCAAUUACUCAGGAUGCCUUCAAUUGGCGACAGCACAGCGCUUAUAGUGGCUUCGGGUCUUAUAAUAUUAGCUGCACUACUCCUCGUUAUUUAUUUCACUUGUGUAAAAAAAUAUGGAGCAACAGUUGCUCAAGUUUGGAAUGUUGCUGCAUCAACCAUUGAAGGGUUCCUCCUAGAAAUUGCAAGAGAGAAGCCAAUAAGAUUCACAGCUAAUGAACUAUGCAGUUUCACAAGAAAUUACUCCAAAACAUUGGGUGCCGGAGGCUUUGGGAUAGUAUACGAAGGACAGUUGCAUGAUGGGAUGAAGAUUGCAGUGAAGGUUCUGAAUAGGAGUUUAGCCAAAACAGCCGAGAAGCAAUUCAUGGCAGAGGUGGGAACAAUUGGUCGAACAUACCAUAGAAAUUUGGUUAGAUUAUAUGGUUUUUGCCAUGACCAAUUCACGAACGCCCUUGUGUAUGAGUAUAUGGAAAAUGGAUCACUAGACAAAUACUUGUUCAAUGACAAAAAAGAAAUUGAAUGGGAAAAGUUGCAUGAUAUUGCAAUCGGGACAGCCAGAGGGAUCGCUUACUUGCAUGAAGAAUGCCAACAUAGAAUCAUUCACCAUGACAUUAAGCCUGCUAACAUUCUACUUGAUGCAAAUUACUUUCCUAAAGUUGCUGAUUUUGGACUUGCAAAGCUUUGUAACUGUGAUGACACCCACGUUACACUCUCGGGGUAUAGGGGGACUCCUGGAUACUCAGCACCAGAGUUUUUGUUGAAGAAUCAUUUGAUAACACAAAAAUGUGAUGUUUAUAGCUUUGGAAUGGUUUUGUUUGAGAUAGUUGGGAGGAGGAGGAACACUAAUAUUACUCCUUCUGAGACCUUUUAUUGGUUCCCAAAACAAGUUUGUGAUGAGUUUGAGAAAAAUGAGUUAGAUGCAAUGACUGUGGCUUGUGGAAUUGAAGAGAAGGAUAGAGAGAAAGCAAUAAGAAUGUGUAUGGUUGCUUUGUGGUGUGUUCAAGAUUCACCGGAAGCCAGACCUCCGAUGAGUGCUGUGGUUAAGAUGUUAGAGGGAGGAGUGGAGAUCAUGCCACCUACCAAACCGUUUAAUUACUUGUACGCGAUAGGGAUGAAUGCACUCAAGCCACUGGAAACUAGUGAUGGUUCUAGCAAUUCGACAAGUGAUGAAAGCAAUUCUUUUUGGUACAAGGAUUCUACCCCAAUCAUGGCCAAAUAUGAAAUACAGAUAGCUAUUAGUUCUUAGUAGAAAAGACCAAUCUUUCAAAGUUGUCCCUGCAUGAAAUCCUUGUCCAUGUAUUAUAGAAAAAUUUGUAUACUAUACAAUCCUCUUCACAAGUUGAACCUUACUUUAUGUUUACAUUACUAUUGCUAGCUGUAUCUUCAUUUGCUUAGCAUAAAAUAUUACUCAUAUAUAUGCAAAGAUUUUAGCCGAUCUUAAAAUU